AUGGAGAAAUAUGGAGUGAAGCAUAGGGUGGCAACUCCUUACCAUCCCCAAACUAGUGGGCAAGUCGAAGUCUCCAAUCGGGAGAUAAAGAACAUCUUAGCCAAGACGGUUAAUGCAAAUAGAACUGAUUGUUCAUCUAAGCUUGAUGAUGCUCUUUGGGCUUAUAGAACGGCAUUCAAGACACCCAUUGGUACUUCUCCUUAUCGGUUGGUGUUCGGCAAAGCUUGUCAUCUCUCGGUUGAACUUGAACACAAAGCUUUGUGGGCAUUAAAAAAAUUGAACAUGGAUUGGGACGAAGCAGCCAAGUUGCGGUUGUUUCAAAUGAAUGAAAUGGAUGAGUUUCGGUUGAAGCUCUUUCCUGGCAAGUUGAAAUCCAAGUGGUCCGGCCUUUUUACUUUGGCGAGUGUGUCACCCAAUGGGUCGAUGGAGUUAAAGUCCGACGAUAGGACUCGUACUUUCAGGGUGAAUGGCCAUCGGGUAAAGCACUAUCAUUGGAUGGUUGAUGGGGACAAGAUUGUUAAUGCUCAUCGGUUGAAACAUGGCACCGGACCUUAA